GUGACGCAUUCCUGUCCAGUCCCACCUUACCCUUGGGCGAGUCCUCUCUCGCUCUCUGUUCAACAGGUUGUUCGAGUUUUGUUGGAACUGUUGUCAGCUUCUUGGCGGUGUCCCACGCGCAUCAUCUUUUGUGUAAUCCUAGACACUAGGGUGUUUUCAGCUACAUGCUUUUGUAGUCUAGUAUUUAGAUCACACCUUCAAGCGAAGCAGUGUAAAAUCGAACUGCUGGGCAGUUAGUUUAUCGCUUUCCACUUAUUUGUGUGCAGGACUUGUAGAUAUUCAGAGUGUGCAGCGCUCGCAUAUAGUCCUAAAGUGUGAAACGGGUUGAAAGAGCUGUGGUAGAAAAAUGCUGAAGUGUGGCAUUGCAUAUCCUCGCUGUAAGUGGAUCCUGCCCCUGUUGUUACUAUGUGCCGUCAUUUUUGAUAUUAUUGCAUUAGCUGGCUCCGGCUGGGUAGAGUCUAAGCGGCACUAUGCCUCCUUGUGGCAGCACUGUCGAGGCAAGAAUGAUGUGUGGGGCUGCUUUUCACUGAUGGACUACGCUUGGGCACGGGCUGCUGCUGCGUUGAUGAUUAUUGGCUUCAUCAUCCUGCUCGUCUGUUUUUUCAUGUCCUUUGUUGCCCUUUGCAGUCCUAAUUUUCCACUGAUGAGACUAAUUGGUGCUCUUCUAAUUCUUGCUGCUGUGAUUCAGUUUAUAGGGCUGAUUGUCUAUGCUGUAAAUUUCACUUCUAAUAUGGUUACUGAAGGGAGUUACGAAUAUAGCUGGAGCUAUGGAUUUGGUUGGGGUAGUACCAUCCUCAUGAUUGGCUGUACCAUCUUCUUUUGCUGCCUUCCUAACUAUGAAGACAAGUUCCUGGGCAAUGAAAAGAUCUCCUACAUUUUCUAGUCCUCCUAAACCUAUUGGCAAGGGAGAAAUGGGUACCAACUAAACGUCAGCCUUCACCAGACUGUUCACCGCAAGUGACUUCUCUCAUAUUGUACUAUUUGCUCUUCCAGCCUAAGGUCCAGUCAAUCUACUGAAAUGUUUUGUUUAAUCCUGUGUACAAAAUUUACUAGGUAGAAGAUAAGCUAUUUUUUCAGUUCAUAUUACCGCUGAUUACUUUGAUAUUGCAAGGAAGGCACGCAAGGAGUUUGCUUACAAAAAUCCAUGAUUUGUGCAUUAUGUGACCUAACUUUUACCUUAUCUUUUACUUAAAGGUGUAUAGGCAUCUAAAACAAAAGCUUUAAGACUUACUAGGAUCUGUUGUGUAAAUGAUUUCUACCAUGAGGCUUUGAAGGAACAGAUUUGUAUAAUUACCUAAACAUAUUUACAUUUUAUCCCCUUUUAUUUAGUUCUUAAUGCAACUUGUGCAGUGUCUUGUUGCUGAGUUUAUCAGCUGUAAUUCCUUCAUUGGAGAAGUGAAAGCAUGUGCUGAAAGUUAGCUUUAAAUGCCUGUGCUUACAUGGAGGCAAGGGAUAGCAAGUAGGUGUACAGUCUCCGACACUGGACCCUUUCAGCCUUUCAGCCUUUCAUGCCAGGUAACUCAUUCCAGUGUAGCCUGUCAGCAGUUAAGCAGUUACUUUUUUAAAAGUUGUUACAUGUUGCAGCUUAUUUCCAAGGGCAUCUUAUUCUAAUCAGACACUUUUCUUGUUGAAAGACAACUGGCGGGUCUGUUUUUAUUGAAUGAAUUUAACAGUGCUGUUCAGUAUGUUUUCUUUUUAUUUUUAAACAUAUUUUUAGAUAAAUUGUUAUCUAGAUAAUGAGUUGUUAAAAUUCAGUUAAGUUAGAACUCCACUUAUGACUUCACUCCUGUUCAUUGGUACCUUCUAAUCGCUAACUCUGGAUUGUAUGCCUUACUGACUGUAGCGGAAUUUGAAACAGAAUAUAUUGUAUUUGCAAAAGAACAUCACAAAGGCAUUGUUAAGCAUGAGUUGACUUGCUGCAUACACUAGCUAGUAUUUAUAUCUUACGCAUAUUUUUGUUCACAGCUGUGCAACUACUACUUUCAUAAGCAGCACAGACUAAUAUCAUUGCAGGUUUUCACAACUUAUUUGUUAUAGGGCACCAUGAAAAGCUGUCAAUUCUUGACAAAACUGUGGUAAAAAAUUUGAUGGCACUGAAACACAAACAGCAUUACAAAAUAGAAAUGCACACAGAUUUUACAGGGGUAGGCCUCCCCUGUAACCCAUAGCUCCAUUAUUUGUAUAAAGAAAUUCAAGGUCACUCCAAAUGGGAAAUCCCCUGUAUACAGUGUGCCUUUAUGUAAAGAAAAAUCCUGGCAUUCACGCAGUAGUUAUUGUACUUCAGUGGUGACCACUAGUCUAUUAUGGAUAGGCCUGACUGUUUUUGUUACAGUGCUCUGCUAAUGUUUUGGAUGGAUUUGAUAAAUUGUAUUUUGAAUUAUCACAGCUGAAUAAAAUGAAAGCUCUAAAAAUAUGAGCAAAACAUAAAACGAAAAAGAUCCUACUGUUUCUUACCAUAUUUCAUGAGCCCAUUUUGUCACCAAAAUAUUUCUUUUGAAAAAUCACUCCUGUACUACAUAUUAAAUGACGGGAGGUGCAGUAGUCACUUAGCCCUUGUUAAUUUUGAUUGAUUCCUAAAAAGUUAAGAGAAAACAAGUCAUGAUUACAUUUACUGAUUAUGAAGUGUUGUAGCUCAAGGACGUUGGCCUCAGAUGUGGCAUUCCCAAAACUAGCAAACUCACUCUUUCAUCUGUGAUUUCUAUAGAACCUUCUGGCAGCAAAAAGAACCUGCAAAAUAACGUAUGUUAAUGGGGUAUAAUUUUGCUUCCAUGGAGCCUUACUAUAGAGAAACUUUCAAGAAAUCUGAAGGACUUUCUUGCUGGGUUAUAGGUGUUGAAACAAAGAAAAAUAUUGCCUAUCCACUUUCAAAACUAAUAGUGAAGAUGUAAAGAAAGCUGUUUGUAAAAUUUGUCAUAAUCCACUACCCUUUGUCAGAAUUCAAAAUAUGCAAGUUAUUUUAAUUCUGUUUUUGUUCCCUACCAACCUAUAUUACAGACUCAUUCAUUCACUCAUCCUGCCUGACAUUCACACUUCGCAUCACCCCUAGGGAAGGCUUUAAUCUUUUGCUAAUGUAAUAGUACACUGUUGUGGUGUGGUGAGAUUUGAGCACUGCUAGACUGUCAGAGCUAGAUUGGGUUUUUCAUUUAUACCAUAUCUCGUUACCCUGUUGAUAGCAGUUUAUCUCAUCACCCUGUUGACUAGCAGGUGCAGCACAUUGCCUGCUACCCUUGGCCUCUAUGCAAAUGCAUGUUUCCACUCACUUGCUUUGCUAAGGUAGAAAAUGAUGCUAUACUUGGCAGGCUUGCAUUUCUUUGCCUCACUUUCUCAAACCGAGAAUACAUCUUUGGUUUAACACACGGGUGUCAUUCCUACAGCGGGACACAUUAUAUCCCCUCCAAGUGAGUAUGUCAUCUUUGGCCAUACACUUCCACUACUCUCUGCUCUAACACCAAGCUGCUUUUCAAGCCUGGGCAAUCUGAACAGGGCUUUAUCCCUGUAUGCCAUGAAGCUAACUGACUUUUGCAACAGUGGAAUUACAAAUCAAAGUUGCUCAUUUUGUGAAACUAUACAGUUAGAAAAUGUAGAGAGAGUGAGAGAGGGAAAAACAAGAGAAAGCUCAAAUUCCUGACCAGUUUUCAGAAGUUAACGAUUGUGUUCUGAACCUUGCUGACUUUAAAGGCAAAUUCUGAAAUCUUGUAUUCACUGUGUGGCUUCUCAGUGGAAGAUGCAUAACUAUGGUGUAGUUAUGUACAGUGAGCUUUGCAUUUUCUUAAGUCCUGUUUGUCAGAGGAUUGUUACUGCCUCCCCACCAAAACGCUUGGAUUAUGUUAUGUGCUUCAGCAGAGCACAGAUUACAAUGAGUUUUUAACUUGGAUUUUACAUGUUUAGAGUAACUGAUGGAUACCUUUGUCAGUUAAAUAAAAUUUGAAUGUUUAAAAUAUUUUUUUGUGUACAACAGUAAAACCAAGAGAUUGUGUUGCCUUUAAUAAGAUAAUCUCAGACAUUAGACACUUUCUUCAAAUAGAAGCCUUAUUUGUUUUAAAUAACAUAUGGUAAACUCUUGUAUGAUCCUGCCUUUAUUAUUUAAUGAUAUGUGAGGAACCAGAAUUCUUCACUGCUUCUACUUUAAAACAGCAUACAUUAUGGUGUGUAUCAUUAUUGAUGCAAAAUAUGUUUCUUUAGUUACCAUUUUGAAUACUAAUCCUUUUAUGAAUGCUGUAGCAAUUAGGUGAUAGCAUGGUAUUUGUUUCACUUGUCUAAAAUCUGCAAGAAGUACUGUAAGCAUUUUAGCAGGGAUAGUGUGUAAUGCAUGUUUUUAGCUUUGUUUUAGUGAAAAAAAUGAUGGUACAUUAACAAAUCACAUUUUUAUUUCACUAUUUUAGUUGUCUUUUAUUUUUUGAAAGGAGGUUUAUUAAAAAUGAGUGAGGUUAAACACGAAAAACACCUGAUUAAUUUUGAUACUGUUUGAUGAAACACCUGUCAUCAAAGCUUCUAUAGCAGUGUUCUGAAAGAUUGUUGGAGGUAUUAAUGGUAUACAGAAAAACUGUUGUGAUGAGGUACGGUAUUUUUGUAUGAAAAUAAAAUUAGUCUAUAAAUAUG